AUCGUUUUGUUUUCUCUUUUUCACCGCUUCUUCCUACAACAACCUUCAGUCAAAGAUUCAUACUCUACAUCGAUGAACAAUUCCUCGCGCUCAGUAGUUCUUCAGGGCUUUGCAAAGUCCAAGCCGGCUCGUCUACCACCAUAGGGACAGCUAACCUGCUUCUGGAUUCAAUCCACGUACCAUGGGUUAGAGCCUUAUUGUAAGCAAGAGAGAUAGAUUUUGAACAAUCUGAUAAACGCAAACCGCGACAACAAACGGUCAACAUAGAUGGAAGGCCGCCAAAAUGAGCAAGAUCAUCCAAGCGCUCUCCAGCCCGGGAGCGAUGCGUGCAGUCCGCGGGACCGCGCCGUCCAAUAUCCCUAAGCCUGCACCCGAAACGCCCAGCUCGAACGGAUCCGCGAAAGAACUCGUCGCAACGAAUGAGCUGGACUACACGCCCGGCUACGUCCCCAAGAAAAGGGCCGCCGCGCUCGACCGCGCUCUCGAUGCCGUGGUCCAUGCAUCGGGUUCCACAACCGCCUUUAUCGUCAUUCAAGCCGUUCUCGUAGCUUGGGCGUUCCUCGGUAUUCCAUUCCAUGGUCAUCAACUCUGGCCCAUCUUCAUCUCCGACGCGCAGGCAAUCUUCAGCUACAUCUUCGACUCCUUCCUCAUGCGGCAGCAGAUGAAUGGGUUCACUGAGUCCUUGACCGUCGCCGCAGAGUUGAGAUCGCGGUCGGAGACGAACGGUCGAAUGUUGGCGGGUGUAUUGUUAUCGCUUGACGAUGAUGAUAUUGGCAUGGUAAGAGCUGUUGCGCACAACGCUGUCGAGAUCGAUCUUCGCCUUCCCGUCGAGAAUGCGUUUACCAAGGUGAUUGGGUGGAUGGCCAUGGCGCUGGGCCAUAUCGCCUUUACGGCUGUGUACUGGGCCACCAUCAUAAUCUGGAUCGCAUUCGGCCCGUCGAAUGGCUGGAGCAAUGAAUGGCAACUCUACAUCAACAGCGCCACUUCCGCCCUCAUGGUCUUCAUCUUCUCCUUCCUCGCCAUCCUCCGCGAGCGGCACGCCGACUACGUGCGCUCCUGCGUCGAUGCCCUCUACAAAGUCGAUGGCCUGCUGGAGCUACACCUCCGCCGCCUGACAGAUGACAACCUCGAGAAUGAAGAAUUCAUCAUCCCCGGGCCCAAAGUCAGCCCGAUCCAGCGCGCCAUCAACUACUACGCCGAUGUCGUCGGCACGCUCGUCGGCAUCGCCAUCUUGAUCGCGGUGCUCGUUGUGUGGAUCGCCAUUGGCCCAGCGCUGCACUUUGACUCCAACUGGUGGCUGUUCAUCGGCACGUACGCCGGGCUCAUCGGGCUGAAUGACGGGUUCGUGCUGCGCAACGUCCAGGCGCGACUGCAAGACCACGAAGCGCCGCAGUACGAGGCGCUGGAGGCUGCGGACGAGGCGCUGUGUGAGAGGCUCGGGUUGCCGUCGACUCGAGUUGUCGCACGCGCCGGCAAGCAGAGUAUCAGCUUCCGCAUCUCGCAGCGCAUGAAUCGGUUCUGUGCGCAUGAGUUGACGGUCAUCGCUGGCGUACUGCUCAUCUUUGGACUCUUGAUUGGGUCGAGUGUGAUGCGGUGGAGCGAGACGGGGCAGUUGCUGUGCAACAUCCCGCCUAGCAUCAUCGAGUCGUUCUUCAUGAUCAUUCUCAUCACCGGUCACAACAGCGCAGACGCACAGAAGCGGGUCGAUUUGGAGAACGCUUUCCAGCGACGACUUCGCAUCCUCGCCUUCGUUGAUGCUGCAUCGGAGAUAGUGGGUGAUCGAGUGAAGAAGACUGGACCGUCUGUCGUAGGGAAGAAAGCUAUGGGGCGUAUCGAGCUCAGCGUGAAUGAGGUGGAGUAAUCGGCGGAGGAUAGUAGAUUGAGGUUGUCCGUUGCGUAAUCUGCGAUUGACUUAUGAGCUGUCUUGAUCGUGCGCCAUCUCGGAGGCUCCCAUCGUUGAGGUCAUGCGCAUCGAACAACGGAGGUGACUUUGUGCGUCUGCAGGCUUCUGACCAUGACCGUACGUCCAUCUCACGACUAUUGAUAGAAUAUGAAAAGAAUAUCUGUCUGCUACUCACCAUC